AUGCUCGGUCGACUGCUUCUUGUGGGGCUCGCCGCGGCGUCGGCGGCGCCAAUUCGCCCGAGUGUGUGCUACUCGCCGUUCCACCUCGACACGUACCCGCUGCAGCCGUGGGAAUAUUUGGACGCGCCCGCGCUCGCCGCCGGCAUUGACGAGGACUUUGCCCAGAUGAAGCCGUAUGUGCACACCGUCCGGACGUACUACUCCAAGUACCACUCGGUGGACGUGACGCCGAUUGCUGCCGCCAACGGUGUCCCGUUGUACCUCGGUGUCUACAUGGUCCACGAGCCGUGGUACUGGCUCCAGGUGGCCGCCGCGAUCGACGGCGCCGUCGCUUACCCCGAGACCGUCCGCGCCGUCUUGGUCGGCAACGAAAAUGUGGCGCCGCACGGUGACUUUGACGCGGCGUUCAUCGCCGACCAGGUGCAGCACAUCAAGUCCGAGGUUGCCAACCGCACCAACGGCUCGGUUGUCGUGCCCGUUGGCACCGUCCAACGCAUCACAGAGUGGCUCAACCCUGCGAUCCGCAAGGAAAUGCUCGCCCUCGCCGACGCCUGCGACGUCAUCGGCGUCAACAUCUACCCGUUCUUUGACAACGGCUACGACGCGCGCGACCCGACCGCUCUUGUGAGAGCACUCUGGGACCAAAUGCUGGCGAUCUACCCCGCCCAGAAGCUGCGUCUUACAGAGACUGGCUACUCGACCGGCGGCCCGCCGUCGACUGUGGCGCCCCGCGUCGCCCCAAGCCUGGACAACGCGAUGGAGUACUACGAUGCGCUCAUGCAGUGGACGCCGUCGCAGGGCGGUGGCGACGUCUUUUGGUACUCUUUCUACGACCUGCGCGACGACGACACGACGCAACCGGAGCCGCUCGAAAAACACUUUGGGUACUUCUUCGCCAACGGCACCGCCAAGGCCGCGAAGUUCCCGAAGCCCAAGCUCCUGCAACAAGUUCGGUAA